AUGGGCUUCUUCUCCAUCUUUGCUCCUGCCGAUCGAAAGGCGGGGCUGCUGUCUCCUUCCUCCUCUCCUUCCUCAUCCUCUUCUUCCUCCUCACCCUUUUCUUCCUCUUCUUCCUCCUCAUCCGUUUCUGUCUUUUCUUCUUCCUCCUCCUCCUCUUCUACCUCCUCAUCCUCCUCUUCCUCCUCAUCCGCCUCUUCCUCUCCGUCUUCUUCGUCCGCUUCGGGCGUUUCUUCCCUUCAAGACUGUGCGUGUUUUUCUCGUUUCCUCCAUGACAAGCGCGUGAUUCAAGAGCAGGUUUUCCUCGAACGUCACAUCGACGCGUACCACCUCGUCGCCUGUCUGUUGGAGCAUUAUCCUCCCCACUUGAUUCAGAACGACGCCGACCUCGUCGAAAUUCUCUACCGCUUCUCCCUCACCGACACCGCCUACAAACUCCUCGAGCAAAAGGCCUGCGCCGAAAACCUGAGAGAAAAACCCAAACACUUUUCUAACCUCGUCCAAAAACUCUCCUUUUGCCCCUCGUCUUUUUCGUCAGUCUCCUCGUCCUCUCUCCUGUCCUUCUCUUCUGCCGACUCUCGCGUCCUCCGUGGCGGAGAGGAGAGUCCCCAGGCGCAGCCAGGUCGACGCGAAGGAGAGAAGGAAGAGAAUGGAGACACAAAAACAGGCCACCGCCUCUACUGUGGGGAGACGCACGGCUCACCCUCGCUCCCGUGUCGAUCGGCAGACUGCGGCUUGCGGCAGUUCUGCGAACGAGGCCAAGCCGGAGAAUGCAGUUGCAUGCAACUGGUCAGCGGACGGUCGGUGCCGCGAGGCCAGGAGACACAGAGCGAAGAAGGGGAGGCAUCCUCCCGCCUACCAGGCGCCAAAAAGGCCCAGACUGCCGCAGAAGACCAGAGAGAAAACGAGGGAGGAGACCAGCGGGACGAGGAGAGAAAGCAGAGCGCUGGAACGGGGAAGGAAGAGGACGAGGCGCUUCGUGUAGAUCGGUUCCGUGUGCUGCCGGGUUCCCUUCUCGAGACGGUGCUGAAGCAGCCGCUCCAUCCUCUCGUCACUGGCCGUCGGCCGAAUGCGUGGCACAGCGCGGUGGCUGCGGACGACAUGCGGGUGUACGUGCGGAACUACGAAGACAAUCGUGAGCUGCUCACUUUCCGCAUCGAGGGCGACGUCGAGGCUCCGCUCGAGGCGAUUCUCUCUGUGCUGAACGAAGUCGAUCUUUUCAAGAACUGGGUGCCGUACUUUUCGCGGCCGUUCAAGCUCGGACUCCGCGAGGUCGUCUCCACCUCAUUGGGGCGCGUCGACCAGAUCGUGCAGUUCCACGUCGACUUCCCCUGGCCCCUGUCUAACAGAGAUGCUCUCUUCGAAGUCUGGGCAGUCGAUGAUUUCGAGCGAAAUUCCCAAAUCGCGGUGAAGAUGACGACUCUCGACCACGAAUCCCCAAGUCCCCGACAUCGGGUUCCGGUCCCAAAACCCGCCAAGGACGUCGAGCGGAUGUGCGUGGAUGGGAACCUCGUGAUCGUCCCGCGAGGCAGCAACGCCUCUUUUCUUCGCCUCCUGUGGCAUACGAACUGCCGCAUGCAUGUCCCCCUGAAAAUGGUGGAUUUCGUCUCCAGCGCUUUCCAGAGUGCAUGCAAAGCAGCCAUGACCGGCGAGCACGAGGCGAGGCGAGCCAAAAACAGAUUUCUGUACGGUUUCAUUGAAGCUCGACUAAGUGAAGUUGGUCUCAGCGAGUGCGGCACCGCAAAGCUUCCGGCUGGACCGGAGGUGUCGGGCGCUCAGACUGCAGAUACAGACGUCCACGGAGACGCGUCUGCCAAGCUAGACGAGGAGGAUGAUGAGUUCUUCGACGCAAUAGAAGGCGACGACAGUGGCUGUGCGGCACACAGCGCGGACUGCGAGUGA